AGAGCAGAAAGGCCUUCGGCGCUCUUCCUGUCAGGCUGCGCUUUGGUCUCUGGGCGAGCGGCGGAGGUGGGCGAGGAGGGAGGGAGCCAGAGCCCUGGGCCCAGCAGGCCGGCCGCGGCUCCGCGGGGUCUCUCCCCUCUGCGUGUCGGCAGACCCUCCGGCGCCUCAGGCCAAGGCUUGGACGUGGGAGGAGAAGCCCCCGGGCUGCUCUUGCUGGGUCGCCUUCGCCGCAGGGACCCCGAAGUGGCCUGGACACACCUGCGGGCAGUGGCAGCUACGUCAGCAUGUGGUUUCUGGAUCGGCGUCUGCGACGUCGUGCUCCUCCCACAUGUUAAAACUACAGAGAUUUCAACGUUGUUCUCCAGUAUGAACCUGGAAAUACGACCUAUCCAGACGGUGAGAUACUUCUUUCUCUCGUGUGUCUCAUGUUCUCUCCUCUUUCGGUCACUCCAUUGCAGUCAUCUAGCUAGACCAGACCACUGACCCCUCAAGUCCAGCAUCUCUUCUCUCUAGAAGAAAUGCCCACACAGGAGAUGAGAACAACAGCCCUCUCUCUCCUCACUUGCGAUUCACAGCAGCUAGCAUUAAGAGGCAAAUUGCAUCUUACUGUGGGGGGUAGAACAUUCCCACUGUGGCUCCAUGAAUUUAUCUAAUGCUCUUUUAAAGCCAUCAGAUUUGGUGGUCAGCGCUAUGUCUUGCAGGAAUGAAUUCCAUAGUUUAGUUGUGCACUGUGUGAAAAAGUACUUUUUUGCCUUUCUUUUCAACAUUCAGCUUCACAGGUGGUCCUGAGUUAUGAGAAGAGAAAAACUUCCUAAAUCCCUCCACAGCUAUCACCACAUCAUGCAUAGAUGGCAUACUAAUAAAAUGAUGCAUGUAUCAUCUUACCAUUUUUCUAAACUAAAGAGCGAGAUGAGCGCGCAGCCCCAGAGUCAUCCGUAACUGGAUCUAACGUUGUGUAAUGAAACUGAGAUUCAUUUUAAAUGUAGAGCUAUGUGGCUAAUUCAAGGAAAAGCAGGAAUAAGGUGGGAGCUGUACUAUUUGAAAACAAGCUUGCUAUUUUCUUUCUUUUUGUAGUGAAAUACUCAAGAUGUCUUCCAUCUCUACUUCCUGUUCUCCUUCCCAACUAACUGUGGCAUCACAAGUUCCUUUUGAAGAUCUCUGUUCAACAUUAGAACGAAUACAAAAAUGCAAAUCCCGACCUGAGAAAACCAAGAAUUUCAAGGAGUUUUUAGAUUCCUGGAGGAAAUAUCAUGAUGCUCUUCAUAAAAAUGAAAAAGAUGUAACAGAUUCUUUUUAUCCAGCAAUGAGGCUUAUUCUUCCACAGUUGGAAAGAGAAAGGAUGGCUUAUGGAAUUAAAGAAACCAUGCUUGCUAAGCUGUAUAUUGAGCUGUUAAAUUUACCCAAAGAUGGAAAAGAUGCUUUAAAACUCUUAAAUUAUCGAACACCUACUGGCUCACGGGGAGAUGCUGGAGACUUUGCUAUGAUUGCCUAUUUUGUGUUGAAACAAAGGUGUCCCAGGAAAGGUCAACUGACCAUAAAACAAGUGAACGAUAUUUUAGAUUCCAUUUCUAAUAAUAAUGCUGCCAAAAGGAGGGAUCUGGUCAAGAAGAGCCUUCUUCAGUUAAUAACUCAGAGUUCAGCACUUGAACAGAAAUGGUUGAUCAGGAUGAUCAUAAAAGAUUUGAAACUUGGUGUCAGCCAGCAAACCUUACUUUCCAUCUUUCAUCCUGAUGCUUCAGAGUUGCACAAUGUUACAACUGAUUUGGAGAAAGUCUGUAGACAGUUACACAAUCCUUCUGUAUUUCUUAGUGAUGUUUCUAUUACAUUAUUUUCUGCCUUUAAACCGAUGCUUGCUGCUAUUGCUGAUAUACAAAAAAUUGAAAAACAAAUGAACAACCAGAGUUUUUACAUAGAAACCAAAUUAGAUGGUGAGCGAAUGCAGAUGCACAAAGAUGGAGAUGUUUACAAGUAUUUUUCCCGAAAUGGGUAUGAUUAUACUCAGCAGUUUGGAGCUUCUCCCUUGGAAGGUUCAUUGACUCCAUUUAUUCAUAAUAUCUUCAACAAUAAUAUUCAGAACUGCAUUCUGGAUGGUGAAAUGAUGGCCUACAAUCCCACCACACAGAACUUUGUACAGAAGGGUAGCAAAUUUGACAUAAAAAAGAUAACAGAUGAUUCAGAAUUACAGACAUGCUUCUGUGUGUUUGAUGUUCUAAUGGUUAAUAAUCAAAAAUUGGGUCAUGAGAUGUUGAGCAAAAGAUAUGAGAAACUGAAUGAGAUGUUUACACCAAUAGAAGGUCGUUUGCAGUUUGUUCCUAAAAAUCAAGCUAACACUCAGAAAGAAGUAAUAGAUUCUCUAAAUGAAGCAAUAGAUAACAGAGAAGAAGGAAUUGUGAUAAAAGAUCCCAUGUCAAUUUACAAGCCGGACAAACGUGGGGAAGGAUGGUUCAAGAUCAAACCAGAGUAUGUUAGUGAACUAAUGGAUGAACUAGACCUUUUAAUUGUUGGGGGCUACUGGGGAAAAGGUCUUCGUGGUGGCAUGAUGUCACAUUUUUUAUGUGCAGUUGCUGAGACUCCUCCGCCUGGUGAAAAACCAUCAGUGUUCCACUCCAUUUGUCGUGUUGGUUCUGGUUACACUAUGAAAGAACUUUAUGAUCUUGGCUUGAAAUUAGCCAAAUAUUGGAAACCUUAUCGUAAAAAAGAUCCUCCUUUAAAUAUCUUGUGUGGAACUGAGAAGCCUGAAGUCUAUAUUGAGCCUUGUAAUUCAGUCAUCGUCCAGAUUAAAGCAGCGGAGAUUGUGAGCAGUGAUAUGUACAAAACUGAUUAUACAUUACGUUUCCCUCGUAUUGAGAGGAUAAGAGAAGAUAAAGAAUGGCAUGAUUGUAUGACUCUUGACAUUCUAGAGCAACUCAGAGGUAAAGCUUGUGGAAAGCUAGCGACUAAGCACUUUGAUAUAGAUAAUGAUGAGCCACAAGGAAAGAAACGUAAAACUGUGCCCAAGAUUAAAAAAAAAAUUGGUUUAAUAGAUCAUUUUAAAGCUCCUGAUCUUUCAAAUGUAAACCAGAUUUCCAGUAUAUUUGAAGAUGUUGAGUUUUGUGUUAUGACAGGGACACAAAAAUAUUCAAAAUAUCAGCUGGAAAGUAAAAUAGCGGAAUAUGGUGGCAGCAUAGUCCAGAAUCCUGGUUUGGACACCUAUUGUGUGAUUGCAGGAAUUGAGAAUGUCAGAGUGAAAAAUAUUAUUUCUUCUGACAAGUAUGAUGUUGUGAGAGCGGAGUGGCUUUUACAGUGCUUUCAAUCCAAAACAUUUGUACCCUGGCAGCUUGAUUUCAUGAUUCACAUGUCUCCAGAAACAAAACAACAUUUUGCCUGUGAAUAUGACUGCUAUGGUGAUAGUUACACAGGUGAUACUGAUAUUGCCAAACUAAAGAAGGUGUUCUCAAGAAUGAAUAACUUUCAGGCAGAGAUCUCUCAGGAUGCAAUUGCUGACAUAGAAGCACGUUAUUCAUGGGAAAGCUCUCCACUAAGUAUGUUCAGGCAGCACACGAUUUACGUGGAUCCUUCUGAUGAAUUGAGUAAUUCAGGUGCUAGGAUUAAACAAACAAAACUAUCAACUGCGCUGAUACUUCGAUUUCAUGGAGCAAAAGUGGUUCAGCAGCUUGAAGAGGGUGUGUCCCAUGUAAUCAGUGGAGAUCAUGCUCAUUUGAAGGAGAUAAAGACACUGAGAAGAACGUUCAAAAGGAAGUUUAAAAUUUUGUCUGAGCAGUGGGUAAAGGAUUCUAUAAAGACUGGCAAGUUACAAAAUGAAAAUGUUUACUUAAUUUAAAUCAUUUCAUUUAAUAGGAAAAUAAUUACUUUGAUUAACUUCAUUUAUCUAUUUAAUGAAUUAUGCCAGGCUCCUUUUAAUACUUCACUUCAUUUUGAAGUUUGUAGAUAAAGUUUCACAAGUAUGAACAUGGAAGAAAAGCUUUCAGGUAUGGUGCUGAAAAUUAGGUUAUUUUUUAAAAAAACAAUCCUCCAUUUUAUUGAGCUGCGGCUAGCACAUUUAUAUAGCUGCUUUGGUCAAAUAUUUGUUAAACAUAAACCCAACUUGCAAAUGAGAUAAACUGGAGAAAGUGGACCUGAAGUAAUUUAGUCAAACCCAAUAGGACUAUAAACCAAGCAAGUGUAACCACCUCCAGUACUGUGGAUCUAGUCCAGGCUUCCUCAACCUUUGCCCUCCAGAUGUUUUUGGCCUACAACUCCCAUGAUCCCGAGCUAGCAGGACCAGUGGUCAGGGAUGAUGGGAAUUGUAGUCUCAAAACAUCUGGAGGGCCAAGGUUGAGGAAGCCUCAUCUAGUCACUGUGCUGGGCUCUGUAGAGCUCUGCCGGCACAGCUGCCAGUGAGGAUCCAGGCGUCUCUACUGUGGCAGCCUGUGGCUCAUCCCACAUAGGUAUUUUUAGACUUCAGUCCUACGGGGUGGUACAGAAGGUGGUUGAACUGCCUUCUCCAACUCUGCUCUUCCUGGCAGGAAAUAAAUGAGGGUGGAUAAGUGAUCUUGCACUCCUGUCCUUUUAACGGAUGUUUUUAUAAAUAACUAUUUUCCUCCCACUGGGAAAAACUUUAGGGGAAACUGGGGGAGAGAUUCACAGCAGCUUGGGGCCCUUACCAAUGUUGGAGCUUCAAAAGCUGUUAGAUGUCUCCAUAACUGUUGUGUGGGGGAUCUGACAUUUUAUUUCUCCAUCAUCGAUGGACAAGGAGCUCUGAUGUUUCCUCAGACUCUUGGGAUAUAUUUCUGGGGUCACAGGAUUGCAGUUUGCGGAUUAUAAUUUGAAUUUAAAAGUCUAAAAAAAUUAAAUCGGGGCAUUCAUCCUUUGAAAGAAAGUUCUGUAAAUAACUAUACAAAUAAAAUACUUUUUUAAAAAAAAACUGCUUCUGAUUUUGAAAUCAGAAAGACUUGCUGAGAGUCCUUUCUGAUGUAUUUCAAGUAUACUAGGAACACUUUUUGAUAUAUUUUGGACGCUGACAAUACUAAUGUUGAAGAGUCUUUGUUAUCCAAACAUUUUUAAAUUUUCUACUAGGUGACAUAAUCACUCAUUAGGUUUUGAAGCCAAAACACUGUAUUAGGGAAGACACUAAUACAGUAUUGCUGUCUUCUUUCAUUCCAGAUCAAGUUUGGGAAAAGGUUUGAUAUUAUAGGCCACAUACCAACUAAAAUACACCAACACAUACCCUUUCUUGCAUUGUAUUUAUAUUUCACAUUUAUAUUUGCCCCCCCCCCCUUCAAUAAAAUGUCAUACAUGCAUUGUUUGUUCAUUUGCCACAUUUCACGGCUUGGUUUGGCCAUAUCAGGUCUCAGUGCGAGGGAUAGUGUCAGUGAGCGAGCUAAGGAGGGGGCAGCGGGAGGCAGGGGUCCAGGACCAGGAAUCUUCUUCACCUGCUGAGCAGCAGCAGAAAGCUCCAGCUUUUGUAAGCAGAGUUUCCAGCCUCAGUUGCUGGAAACAACAUUCGUUGUUCCUGGCUGGACCUUGCUUCUUACUUCUCGUGACUUCGGCUUGGACGCUUGGCUUUCUUGACCCUUGGAUUGUCUGACUACGUGAACUGAGAUACUCUGGACCUUGGACUGGACCUUGGACUCUGCCUCCAGGCAAGUACCCCCUUGAGGUUGAUUCUCCCUCCACUAAGCUCUGCCGUGGCUGACAGCACAGGACUAGGACACUAGCCAAUCCAACAGUCCAGAGUUGCCCCUUGUACUUAAGAC